AGUAACUAUGAUUUAUUAUAUAUGCACGUAUGUAUGCACGUGUCCUCCAUAAUAUCCACUAAACAGUAUUUCUACGGUUGAGUUGUUGUUGUUGUUGUUGUUGUCGUUUAAUCGAUUGCUUCUGUCUCCCCAAACCUGCUCUUGCAGCUCGAUUAGCUGUGCCUUCAAGAGACGUAAACACAUCUCCUUCCUGCCUGCGCUGCUCGGCGGGCCGCCGGUGGGCUCUGCGUUAGUCGCGAGAGAUUUGUCGGUUUUAAGGCGCUUCUGCUCCGCACGAGUGAGUUAGCCUUCACCAUGGGGAAGAAGGAAGAGGAUGAGGUCAUCAGGAUCGCGAAGAAGCUCGACAAACUGGCACAGAAGAAAAACGGGUCAGGGGCUUUGGAUCUUCUAAAGGAGCUGAAGAUUGUGCCCAUGACUUUGGAGUUGCUUCAGUCGACCAGGAUCGGGAUGUCCGUAAACGCCAUCCGGAAGCAAAGCACAGAUGACGAGGUGACAUCGCUGGCUAAAUCUUUAAUCAAGUCCUGGAAGAAGCUUUUGGAUGAACCUGCUGGUGGAGAUAAAACCUCUGAGGAUAAAAAGAAGGAGCCUGCAGCAUCGGCCAUGUCCCAAUCGCAGGGUAGCCCUGAGCCCAGAGAGGAAAGCUCCAGCAGUAAUUCAAGCAGUAAAAGCGAGACUGUUGAUAUGAUGCCCACCACCCACAUGUCUGCGUUCCCUCGAGCACCAGGAACGUCCGACUCGGUGCGCCUUAAGUGCAGGGAAAUGCUGUCCAACGCUCUGCAGACUGGAGACGACCACAUCACCAUCGGGGCGGACUGCGACGAACUCGGAGCACAGAUCGAGGAAUGCGUCUUCAUGGAGUUUAAGAACACGGACAUAAAGUACAAGAACCGCGUCCGAAGCCGAAUCUCGAACCUCAAGGAUAUGAAGAACCCCAACUUGAGGAGGAACGUUCUUUGCGGCAACGUGGGUCCAGAUCGCAUCGCCAAAAUGACCGCAGAGGAAAUGGCCAGUGAUGAACUGAAGGAGAUGCGCAAGAAUAUGACCAAAGAAGCUAUCAGGGACCAUCAGAUGGCCAAGACUGGAGGCACCCAGACUGACCUGUUCACUUGCGGGAGAUGCAAAAAGAAUAGAUGCACCUACACGCAGGUUCAGACUAGAAGUGCGGACGAGCCCAUGACCACGUUUGUCUUCUGCAACGAAUGCGGAAAUAGAUGGAAGUUCUGCUGAAGAUGAAGCGGGCGUCAUCAGUGCAGAGAAAUGGCAAAAUUCCUGGACCAUGACUUUGUACCAUCAGCUGAUAGGAACUUUUAGUUUUUUUUUUUUCUUUUCUUCUUCUUAAUUUUUUUGUUUGUUUGUUUUUUUUUUUUUUAAAGGUGGGGGGCCUCCAUCAUAACCACGGCGGCUAUGGACACCAUCAAUGUUUUUAUCAUUGUUUUGAUCCACACCAAAACAAUGUCCUGUUUUAACUUUCUGUAUAGCUAGAUUCAGCCUUUGUACUAUGAUCAUUGUUUUUUUUCUUUUUUUUUUUUUCCCUUUAACAUAAGUUUUUUUUUUAUAUGUGGUCUACUGGAGGUAUUUUGGACUACAUUCACAUGUAGAAUGUUUAACCUUGCCCUGAUGGAAAUUCCCAGUAGUUAGACCAUUUAUUUUUUUUAGACUGUUUAACCCAAUAAAUUGAAAACCGUUGAGGCUUUUACAUUUUAAAUUCUGGUUUCCUGUUCGCCUGACAUCUUUUGAAAAUAAGCUAGACAUAAGACGACCCUUUCUACUUUUAUUCAUAUUUAUAUGCAUGAUUGGCAAAUUUCUACUGUUUACAUUUUUGUUUUCCAUUUCAGGAGUAAAACAAUUUUCCAAGA